AUGUUAUCUGCAAACUUGCUUGACGCAUACGACUAUAUUAUCGUUGGAGGUGGUACAGCUGGCUUAGUUGUUGCAUCUCGUCUGAGCGAAGACCUUCAUGCCACUGCCUUGGUUAUUGAAGCCGGAAGAGAUCAUCGAGAUGAUCCCCCAGUAUCGACUUCAGGAUUCCUCUCUUUGCUAUGUGGCAACGACAGCUACGAUUGGAAAUUCACCUCGACACCUCAGCCUGGCCUAAACAGUCGGGCUCUCAGCUUAGCUCGAGGCAAGGGUCUUGGUGGCAGCUCAGCCAUUAACUUCAUGCAUACUGUCUAUCCUACAGCGGCAUCAAUCGACGCAUGGCUUAAACUAGGUAACCCAGGGUGGUCAUACCAAGAUCUCGCACCCUACUACCAGAAGUUUGGUACAAGACAUGCCCCAACCGACGAGAUACGUGCAAUCACUCGUAUAAAGAGCCUAGACGACAGCCUUUCCGGCUAUGGACCUAUCCAAAUGUCUUACGGUCAAGCAUUCGGUGUUACCAACUCUGCAUGGAUGGAUGCACACAUUUCCCUGGGCUUGAAAGAGACAAAUGAUCCGAUACCAGGGAGCGUAACCGGCGCAUUCCAGAAUGCCGCAAGCAUCGAUCCAACCACUAAAACACGCAGUUACGCAGCCUCAGCAUAUUAUAAUUCCCAGAUCAGACAAAGAUUAAACUUGACAGUUCUAACGGAGACCAUUGUGCAAAAAAUCAUGUGGCAAGGCCAAGAGCCAGACGUUGUUGCGACGGGAAUUCAAGUACGCGAAAUGAACGGAACCAUCAGCACUGUGAAAGCUCAGCGAGAGGUUAUUCUUGCUGCCGGCGCAUUUCAAUCACCUCAAAUUCUAGAAGUUUCAGGUGUUGGUGGAAGCAAGCUGCUCGAUGCUUUGGGAAUUGAUGUUAUUCUCGAUAUUCCCGGAGUUGGAGAAAAUUUACAAGACCAUGCUCAAGUGUGUCAAAGCUACGAAGUGAAGGAUGGUAUACCAUCGAUCGAUAUGUUCCGGGAUCAGGAGCUUGUCGGUGCUGCUAUCGCCCAGUACCGUAUCAACGGAGAUGGUCCACUAGGCACCAACGCUUCUAGUACUUCCUAUCUACCAAUCGUCGACAAGAAUGGUCCAUUAUCCGCAGAAUCAAAGAAGAUCUUGCUCGAUGAAUUCGUGACCGAUUCAUCAGAGAGGAACGUGAUACUGAAAGAGUUGUUGAUGGAAGCUGGCGCUCCCGCCUUAUCAUAUGUCACUUUUCCAUGCCAAAUUAACACAGACAUUGAAGAUCUUACCAGCUUUUCGAACUAUACUGCACCAGCCAAGCCAGAAAACUAUUUCACGAUACUUAAUGCACUCGGACACCCGUUCUCACGCGGCACCUGCCAUAUUACUUCGCAAAACAUGGACAUCUCUCCUACAAUUGAUCCGGGAUAUUUUAAGCACCCGGUCGAUUUGGAAAUCCUGAGCCGAAGUGUAAUGUUUGCGGAGAAACUUAUGGCCACUGAACCUUUAAGUUCAACUAUUCUUGCUCAACCAAACGGCAGGCGUCUUCCAGAAACGAUACCAAGUACACUUGAGAAUGCUAGGCAUAUCGUUGAGGAGCGUGUUAUUUCCAACAUGCAUCUAUGUGGAACAUGCCCCAUGAUGCCACGCGAAGAGGGUGGAGUAGUUGACAGUCGCCUCUUGGUUUAUGGCACGAGGAACUUGAGAAUUGUUGACGCAAGCGUAUUCCCGCUCAUACCAGUCGGCAAUAUCAUGACGACCGUAUACGCGGUUGCAGAAAAAGCGGCAGAUCUGAUAAAAGAGGACUAG